AUGGAUAAUAGUUUACCUUUAAUUGGAGUUUUCUCAAAAGUCACUCAAGUUCGUGUUAAGAGAGAAAAUGGUUUUUUGGGAGUCACUCUCCGAGGUGGUGAAGCAACACCUCUUAUUAUCACAGGUAUCAAGCCAGAUGGUCCAACAGCAAAAGAAGGCCACGUAAGACUAGGUGAUAAACUUCUCGCUAUUGAUGACAUCGAAUUACAAGGAUUAAGUCUUUUUGAAGCACAAAAUGUACUAAAAAGAAGUUCUGACUAUCCAAUUGCAUCUCUUACCAUCGAAUACAAUGUUGCAAGUAUGGCUGAAGUUCGAACAGCUAUUCCAGGGCCUCUUCUUAUACAGUUGAAACGUACUUGUCCUGGUGAGCUAGGCUUGACAGUACGAGACAAUGCAAAUGGUGUUUAUAUAGAGAGUCUUCGUCCCGCGAGUGCCGCUGAUCGCUGUGGUGCAAUACAGCCAGGUGACAAACUUCUUGCUGUAGAUAGCACACCAAUUUAUGAUGCCAUAACUGCGAUAAAAGUAUUAAAAGACGUUUCUAAGACCUAUCGAAUUGUUAAAAUACAAAUAUUACCUCAGAUUUUAAGUACUUCUAUGAAAACGCUUAUGAAGAGAUCUAAAUCUCAACAGUUAUUCGGUGUUGAUAAAACAAUUUUUACCGAAGAAAAUCUCACUGUGUUGUUAAGAUCUGAUCAUCAAGGAUUUGGAUUUGUUGUUAAACUAUCUGAUGAUGGAAUGAAUUAUGUAAUUAUGGACUACGAUACUCACAUCAUAAUUUUUAUCAUCUGCCUUAUGCGGUGA